GAGAAAGAGAGAGAGAGAGAGGUGGGGAGAGGAGAAGUGGGGAGUGAGGAGAAAGAGAGCAAACCCGUGAAGGAAAUAACUUUUCAGUUGGAGGGAGGACAAGAGAGGGAGAGUUUGGAGGGUGGCAGUGGGGGGAUCCGGAGCUUCAUCUUCCCUUUUCUUUUUUCGGCUCUGAGCACUGCCUGCCACCUCUCUUCUCCUUCUCCCCCCUCCUCCUCCUCUAUUCUUCCUCCUCUCCGCUCCUCUUCUCAUCCCAAACCCCCUCUCCCAGCUCCCGCCGUGGGGUCACAGCUCUCCAUCUCCCUCCCCCUCCCUCGCUCCCUACCUCCCCGGGCGCUGCUGGGAGCCUCCGGGCUGCUGCGCCGCAGGAGGAUGUCUCGCAGGGAGUCACCGCCGCCGCCCUCGCCACCUCCGCAGCUGCUGGGAGUGCGGAGCGGGGAGGUGGAGCAGGAGGACCGUCCGGAGCGCGCCGAGCCGCUGUCCGACGCAGAGAGGGAGAUCAUCCAGGACACGUGGGGGCACGUCUACAAGAACUGCGAGGACGUGGGGGUGUCCGUGCUCAUAAGGUUCUUUGUCAACUUUCCAUCGGCCAAACAAUACUUCAGCCAAUUCCAGGACAUGGAUGACCCAGAUGAGAUGGAGCGAAGCAGCCAACUUCGACACCAUGCCUGCAGGGUGAUGAAUGCCAUCAAUACUGUGGUGGAGAACCUCCAUGACCCAGAGAAGGUGUCGGCAGUGUUGGCUCUGGUGGGAAAGGCUCAUGCUAUCAAACACAAGGUGGAGCCCAUGUACUUCAAGAUCCUGAGUGGUGUGUUGCUGGAGGUGUUGGCGGAAGAUUUCCCAGAGUUCUUCCCGACAGAGGUGCAGAUGGUGUGGACCAAACUGAUGGGGGCGGUGUACUGGCAUGUGACAGGGGCCUACACAGACGUGGGCUGGCUCCAGGUCUCUAGCUCGGCGGUGUGAAGAGUUUGGAAGAAGAGGGGGUAAAGGAGUUUCAAUUGCAAGCAGUUCUGUGAGGAUGGCUUCACAAACAUGGAUGAGAUUAACGUGGUAAUCCGUGCUACUCUGUACUUCAUUUUGGUGACAUUUUGGGUGCUAAGCCUUUAUUGCUGUGGUGUUUCUACAUGACACUUCCCAGAGAUCACUUGGACACCAAACAAUGUAGCCAGACGACAAUUUACUUUCCUUCUAAUGAGGUUUUAGCCAGUGUAAGUGGUACUUUGGUCUGUGUGUUUUUAGCCAUGGAGGCUAUCACUGCUAAUGCUAACUAUCCAGUUCUUCUACCUUGCAUUAAAAAAAAAAAAACGACUGUUGCUGCCAAAUUACAACACACAUCAUGAAAUGACCCUUCACUUAGCCUGGCCCCCUUAGUUACAGUUGCUAGGCCUGUCAAACUUUCCAAACUAGUCACAUAUACAAUGUGAAAUGUUGUGGUGUCAAAUUCAACACUCACAGUUUUGAACCAAUAGCUCCUUGAUUUCUGACAGUGGCAGGCUUCCUAUUUUCAGCUCAACACCUGUAACAACAACUGUUUUUAUCAGCUAUCGCUGCUUAUUAAUGUUAGCGAAGUCAUUUAUUUGAUAUUGCCAUUUCCAACCAACUCAUUGGUUGAUCCGGCUACAUAACAUCUACGUCAUAUUAUGCUAAAAGGCUGAAGCAACAUCACAAGUAAAAGCAUGACAUCCUCACCAUGAAACACAUGGACCAUGUACAACACAUGGAACAAAGGAGGAGUAUUGUUAUUGUGGCAUAGCUAUAUACAGUAGUUCUAUCAUUAUGGUACAAUAUGAUCAUAGAAAAAUGUGAAUAAAAAUACUGUAUUAUAGUACAGUUAUCUAAGGGAAAUGAAAAAGCGCUGAGGUAGGUUAUAUGUAAUAAGCUAGUUAGCCGGACAAUGCGAACAAUUUCAGCUUAACACCCAAUUAAAUAUACUGCACUCUUUAAACUUUUGGUGUUGUGUUUUUGUUUUAAAAAAAAAAAGAAAAAAAAAAAAAAGAAACAGCACCCUCCAAACUCGUGAAUACCAUCCUGUAUAUAACCACAGCUUCAUACGCACCGCUUUAGCAUGUGGAGGAAUCCAAAGCUCGUGUGUCGUUACAGAUAGGCUAACGCUGUUCAGGGUAGGGUUUUAGUGAACGGUCAUCUGGGGAUGGCAAACAUUUAUUUAUACGAAAACGUCGCAGAUUCUUACUUUACGGAGUUACUCUUUGUGGAAACCUGCGGUCAGACAGGCAAAGCCGCACAUAUGACUACACCUCAUGAUAUUAUGAAAAAGAGAUGAAGAAGUGUUUUAGACAGGAAGUGAUGUUAAAGCUCUGAGAGGGGGGCUGUUAGCUGUUGAAGCCCCAGCUAUGGGACCAUGGAGCUGCUGACUGUUAAUAGAUGAUCUUUGUGUCCUACUACAGUAUAUCCUCAUGUUUUAGGGGAUCCGUGCCCCUUUCUCUAUCUCUAUUGAUGCAUUGUGUGCUCUUAAUGUCUUGUUUAACUUUACCCGGCUGUUGUUUGUAUAAGUGUACAGUGGGCAAGUGUGCAUACUCUUCUGCCUUCGUUUACGACUCAUUGACAAGUCGGUCUGCUGACGUGUUAGAGAGGGCUGUUUUCUUUGGCUAAAAGUCUCGGACUAGCAACGAUGCUUUAAGUUUCUUCUUGCCACUUUUAUCACUUUCGUUACGCAAACAUUGCGAUGGAAAAAAAAAUCAGCAGGUGGACACAAUCAGCAACCGCACAUGUACACACUCACACACAGGCAUGCUAUGAGACCUCCCCUGUUCUAAUAUUUACAGGACUGUCGGUUGGUUUACCUCUUCAAAACCCCAUCAGAGAGACGUGAGGCAUUAAAGGCUCCAUUAAGGGCUUUAGAAAGUCACUCUUGAGGUCUAUGGAAAACAUGCCAGCUUAAGAAGUGCAAUCACUCCGUUUCCUUGGAUCUCUGAACCAUAUAACACAAGAAAUGAUAUCCAAAUACAUGGAAUGCAUUGAGCGAAUUGUACUGCCUUUGCUCUAACAUGACGGAUGCUUUCUCCAUAUUUGAAAAGGGGAGAGUUGGAAGCCUCACAGUUUCUCUCUAAACUCACAUGCAGACGUCAUAUUCAGUUAUCCGCCGCUCCUCAAACCUGCUGCAUACUGUCAAAAGUUAACUAUCUUUACCUAACAUAACCUCAUCCUCUUGUCACCGGCACUUCAGUAAUCAGACUCCUGCUAGCUGUCCCCAUCUGCGAGUCGCUCUCUGGUCAAUUCCCAAACAUACACGGUAAAUCCGUUUAGGAUGGAUAUUUGAUCCAAUCUUGGGUUUGCACGUCCUGUAUCUCCCAUCUGACCCCCCUUAGCAUCGGCAUCUGGCAAUAAUGAGGAAGUAAUGAGUCUCCUCUCCUCCUCAUUUGGUCAUUCAUCUACUGUAACUUCCCAUUGCCUCUGUUAGAGCCACGUCGCUGAGACCAAAAAACAAUUAUGACUGGACAGAUGGUCUUAAACGCAACAAUCCACCACGCCAUUCAUAAUAAAUUCUUUAUAAAUUCAUUCACUCCAAAACAUUGACAUAAUGUUUAAAGUGACUUCCUGAAAGUAUUAAUUACACAUUAUGCAUCGUCUUAGACCAGUGGUUUCCAAACUUUUCCUACCAUGCUUCCCUUUGGAAUGCAAUUUUAUGAUCUAUCAAGAACUGCAUGGUUCUGAUUAGUCUCUGUCAUGCAAAGGAAAAAAAUGCAAUUAAACCCAAACUGCCACACAAAACCCCAAUUAUCUCCUGCUGUAAUGACAGUAAUCUCAAGGGCAAAGAAAUACUUCAUAUUUUGGAUCGGAGGGAUAUGUUUUUCUUUACUCCCCUUUCAAAAUUCUCUCCAUCUUGUUCUUUACCACUGAUUUUCAUCACAUCUGUGUUUGGAAAGCAUAGUUUAUUGUCAUCAUGAUAUUAGAGUUUUGUUUCCUAGAAAUAAGGAGAUAAUUAAUAUUCUAGGAAAAAUCCUGAGCUAACAAGAUAAUUGAACUUGUCAUAAUGAUAACAGGAUUAAAACAAUAAUUGCAACCCCAGCUUGGCUUCAGUAUCUGUAAAAACUAACCCGCUUACAUUAAAAACAAGUUUACUUAGAGCUCUCAUUAAACGAGUUCCUUUCCCAGUUCAACUGGAGAGUCGCAAGCCAAUAAAUGGAUAAAAAUACACACAGGAGUCAAACAAACCUCAAAGUACGCUAUUUCUACUUUGACUCAAAUAGCUCAGGAGGCAGUAAAGCUGUUGUCGGCCGUAAAUGAUCCGUUUCAAAACACACACCAGUCCCAUUCUUUGCCUUUUCUUCUGACGUCAGCGUCCCUCUGAGGUCAGACCUCAAGCAGCUCGAGGGUUCAGGACUAUUUCUGUUCCCCUGACAUCUUGUUUAUUAAACACUGUGUGGUGUGAAAAACGUCUGCAAACACACAUGACGGAGAUGAACUGUUGUUCUCGCUAAGCUGCACGUUUCGUUUCCCUCUUUGUCUGUAUGCAGCACACCAUAAACACACACAAGUUCAAUUAUGUGCAGACACAUCCCAAUCACACUCUCUUUCUUUAUUACUUUUCCACACAAACACACACACACACACACACACACACGAUCUUGCAUUAAAUGGGUGAGUUGGGCAUGUCCUCGCAUGCCAAGUGUACUACAGCCGCACUUAUUCCAAUAUAUGUUUUCAAUCAUCUAAGGAUGAAAAUUAGACAAACUUGGCUCAUUAAUUUAUUUCACACGUUCAUUCUCAAAUAAGGGCAUCACAGCAUAUGUGGAACUAUGUGGUUUUUGUUGUGCAAUGUUUCUGUCCAUCAGUUGAAAAGUUAGGACUUUAUAUUUUUCUAAAUAUAUCUAUGAGAAGGAUUCUAUGUAUUUGAAUACUCUAUAUGAAUAUGUCAUUGUGUACUGCGUUGUUGGUGGGAGCGAGUGCAGUGGCUUUGUAUUGUUUUGAGCAUGUUUGCACAGCCAACCACAGACUUGUACCUCUGCAGACCUGGUGAAAAUGAAU